ACAAAUCUCGAGUCGAAAUGACGUGUGAUAACUUAAAUGGGAAAUUGGAGAAUUUCGCAAAUAACAAUAAUAAUGUAACCGAGACAGCAAAACCUGAAAAAUAUCAGAAUGGAACGAUAUCGAAUGGAAAAGCAAAGUCAUCGCAUAAGGAAGUGAUUGUUGAUGAAGAGGAGCUAGAAACACGCAAAUCGUUGAUGAUAUUAGCAACGAUCUUUGUUACAGCACUUCUUGCGAUGUUUUACAUAUACAAGAAUUUCCCACGACUGGAUGAGUCUGAGAGAGCAAAUUUAAAAAUUCCACUUAAUAUUGAAGACGCAAAACUGCUCGGAAAAGUGUUGGAUAGGUACAAAGAUCAGUUCUACUUUGAAGUCAUGACCGGGAUCUGCUUACUUUAUCUGUUCUUACAAACAUUCGCUAUACCUGGGAGUCUUUUUCUCUCAAUCUUACUCGGAUUUCUCUUCAAAUUUCCAAUCGCAUUAACGCUCAUCUGUGCAUGUUCGGCACUUGGUGCAACACUUUGUUACCUAUUAUCAUUGCUGCUGGGUCGACGACUUGUCAAACAUUAUUUCCCAAAACGUGCCGAACAAUGGAGUCAUCAAGUACAAAAUCAUAAAGACGAUAUGCUUAGUUACAUUCUAUUUCUGAGAAUGACACCCCUCCUCCCAAAUUGGUUUAUUAAUCUUGUUGCUCCUGUUAUUGGUGUACCACUAUUUCCAUUUGUUGCUGGAACAUUUGCUGGAGUUGCGCCGCCAUCAUUUAUAGCAAUUGAAGCUGGAAAGACCUUGUACAAAAUGACAAAUUCAUCGCUUGCAUUCUCAUGGAAUUCAAUAUUGAUGCUUUUUGUUUUUUCAAUGCUUGCACUUGCGCCAGUAUUUUUCAAAAAAUACUUUAAAUCAAAAGUCGAACGCAAAUAUGACGAUAACAUCGAAAAUGUAUGA